AUGUCGCAGGCCGAGGUUCCCCGUGCCGAGUCCAUCGACGAGCAAGAGCGCGCUCAUGCCGAUGGCGACAAGAAGCCUAAGUCUCGAAGACCCGCUAACACCGCAUUUCGGCAACAGCGAUUGAAAGCAUGGCAACCGAUCUUGACCCCCAAAAGUGUGCUUCCUUUGUUCUUCAUCGUCGGCGUCCUCUUUGCUCCUAUCGGCGGUGUCCUUCUCUGGGCGAGCUCGCAGGUCCAAGAGCUUGUCAUCGACUACACCGAUUGUGCCACCAGCGCGCCGGAAAAUACCAAAGCAGAUAUCUCAUCCCGGGUGUCCGCAACAUUCAAAGCAUCGACAGCGUCUAGCAAAUAUUUAUGGCAACGGUCCAAUACUACUGACAAUCAAACCGUCUGCUCUCUCUACUUUACGAUUCCCGAGUCAAUGGGCCCGCCGGUCUUCCUGUAUUACCGCCUGACCAAUUUCUACCAGAACCAUCGUCGCUAUGUCCAGUCACUGGAUUUGGAUCAGUUGAAGGGCACGGCGGUGCCUAACGGUACGAUUUCGGGCAGCGUGUGUGACCCUUUGGCGACUGACGAUGCUACCGGGAAGGCUUACUACCCCUGUGGCCUGAUCGCCAACUCCAUGUUCAAUGACUCGAUCGGCAAUCCGAUCCGAACAGCUAGCACCUCGACUAACUACACGAUGACCACGAAGGGAAUUGCUUGGGAUAGUGAUAAGGCGCUGAUUAAGCAGACGAAGUACAAGCCCUGGGAAGUUGUCCCCCCACCGAACUGGAGUGAAUACAACGGUACCUACGAGAAAACCGGCAUCCCCAAUCUUCACGAAAGAGAGGAUUUCAUGGUCUGGAUGCGCACGGCGGGGUUGCCAUCCUUUAGCAAACUCGCUCGCAGGAAUGAUGAUACCGCCAUGCCACAGGGGGAUUAUCAACUGGACAUUCUCGAUCGAUUUCCGGUCGCCGAAUACGAUGGCACCAAGUCGAUUCUACUCUCGACUCGAACCGUCAUUGGUGGCAAGAAUCCCUUCAUGGGAAUUGCUUAUGUGGUGGUUGGUGGUGUUUGUGUGCUUUUGGGAGCUUUGUUCACUGUGGCCUAUUUGGUCCGCCCGAGAAAACUGGGUGAUCACACCUAUCUAACAUGGGAUUCAACCAACCAGCCAAGCACUGCAACAGCCUCUGGGCGGGAUGAUCGACUGCGACCCAAUGCACCUUAG